GGGUUGUGUAACAUCACUAAGCAGCCGUUUGCCUUGAUUGCUUGCAUGGCAUCGUUUGCUGAUAAAGGUGCUGAGGCGCUGAGGCGUCACACAGCUGUGGGAUCACGUUUCUGGCCUUUGCCCACAGAGCCCGGACAGAGGCCAUUACAGCACAGAAGCAGAGAUGGCUUGCCAGGGAGCUCAGCCAGUAAUCCUGACAGGGUUGACCAACCUACAGGCCAGAGGAAUUGGCAGCUUGACCCCUCAGCUGCAGUGGCUCCCAAACACUUGGCAAGCUGCUAUUUUCAACUGAAGAAAGCACACAGCUGUGACGGCUCAACGCCGCAUCAACAGCUCAACGCUGCGUCAACAACUGACACAGACAAACGACAUAAAUACGCCAGACAAGACAUUGGCGAUGUCAAAAAAACGCCUAUAAAACCCCUUCUUCCUCUAGAUAGAUUGCCUCUUCUCUUUUUCCCCCAUAUUCGAUAUUCUCAUCGAUAGCUGCAAUAGUAUAGAUAGGAAUUCAAAUUCGUUAGUAUCUACUAUUCCGAGCCCGUGACACCUACAGCACAUGACCCCUUCCCCAGACAGUGCAAUGAUGACUAUCAACCCCCAGCCAUGCUCGUUGACAGCGAAGAAGAAUACCAAGUGGAAUGCAUACUAGACUACCACCAGAUCCGCCGCGGACAAGGAUUCCAAUGACAGUACCUAGUAAAAUGGACUUGGUUACUAACACCCUGAAUGGACUGCAGUGCACAACAUGGAAAAUACCACUGCACUUGAUGAAUGGGAACAGCAU